ACCUUUGAAAACGUCAUCAUCAGUGGACAAGUGUUUUUCUGCUGCCCUAGCAAGCUGCUUGCGAAUUAGCCUCUUCUUCAGACACAGUCGAUUUUGAUCCCAGAUGACGGCUUCCACUCGCAGGACAGUGCUGUCACUGUACAUGCGGGUGUUUCGCAUCGCCCGAACCUGGCAGGCACAGAGUGGGGUUACAGGUGACACAGAGACUGAGAGAAAGUACAUACUUCAGGAGGCCCGCACUCUAUUCAGGCAAAACCAGCAGCUCACAGAUCAAGAGUCAAUAAAGAAGUGUGUAGAAGAAUGUGAAGCAAGGAUAGAAAUAGGUCUACAUUACAGGAACCCAUAUCCAAGGGCUUCCUACUUACCACCACUGGGACUUGCAACUCAGAAGGGCAGGAAGCUACGAACGCAGCAGCGCCUGAGGAAGCAGGCCAAGCCAAUUUACUUACAGUCACAUGACGAGACCUGAUGCUCGAUUUUGCCGAUCCUCGCUGAGAGUUCAAGUUACCAAGGACAGGAAACUAGAGUGCAGUCACAAGUUGAUCUCACGGGUUGAGUUGUUCCAAGCACUCUAUCAUCAAGAACAUCUGUCAUUCAGGAAAAAGCCAUUUUUCGUUGUCAUGUCAUUUUUUACUGUGAACUAUAUAAAUAUAAAUUCUUAUUGCAGCUGAGGAGUGUCGGUUUUGUAAUAUAAGAUCAACUUGUGUAUUUUAUUUAUUUUUCUGUGUAAAAAAAUAUUGUUCCUCAAAUUCUUUCCAUAUUAAAUGGAAUCAUAUCGACCUGUUAUGUCUAAAUUGUGUCAAAAUACAAACAUUCAUUGUAAUUAAGCUGCUAGGAAACAACGUUGUCUUAAAGCUAAGUCUUACAGUAUACAUUGAGAAUAAAUUUGUGAAUUGAUAUGAAGAAUUCACAUGAUAUCUAUGUAAGAUCUCUGGGACACAUAACUCCUCCACAGCAUGUAUCCUUUUUAGGAACCACCCCCAUUCCUCAGCUUUUCCAUGCAGAUAGCCUGUUAAAUCAUGUAGAAAAUAUGAAAUAAACGCCAGAGGUGUUGGCAAUCGCA